AGAUGUCGCACCUGUCAAUAAAUCCAAAAUGGCGUCUGCUUGUGCUUUAGAGUGGGUGCCAGAUUCUCUGUAUAAUACAGCUGUAUCUGCAACCGUUUCUUCCUACUCUAGACACAGAAGAGAGGUUAAAAGUCUCCCAGAGGAUGUGCAAUUCGAUAUAUAUUACAAACUAUACAACAAAGGAAGAAUAUGCCAGUUGGCCUUAGAAUUUUCUGAACUGGAUACAUUUGCAAGAGUAUUAAAAGUUAAUGACAAAAGACAUUUAUUGCACCAUUGUUUCCAAGCAUUAAUGGACCAUGGAGCUAGUGUGUCUGACAUACUGGCAGAUACUUAUGCUAACCAGCUUGCUCAGCAAACUAGUCAAGACCCAGCAUCAAGGGAGAGAACUAUACAAUUGGGGUUUCAAUUAGGGGGCUUUCUAUGUGAUGCAGGCUGGUUCUGUGCCAGUGAGACAGUGUAUAAAGCCUGUCUGAGCCUCUGUCAGAUGGACAAGGCUAACCUACACAAGUCUCUGGAGUGCAGUGUCGGACUGCUGCAUGUCCAGAAUGCUAACUGUAAAUAUUCGGAGGCUGACCAGACAUGUCAAAUAGCUAGGCAGACGCUGGAGGAGUUACUGGCCUUGGGUCUACCGGUCAAUCCUGCUGCCUUCUAUACUGAGUGCUGUGCACUAUUAUUUGCUGAAUGCCAGUAUGAUGAGGCAAUCAAGUUUUGCUCUCGAGCAGUAACAACUAUUUCUAAGACGUUGCCAAAUAAGACUAUAGUUGAUGUCUUACGACAGUGUUCUAAGGCAUGUGUAGUGAAGCGUGAAUUUCGGAAAGCAGAGGUGCUAGUAAAGCAUGCUGUGUGCUAUGCAAGAGAGAAGUUUGGAGACAAACACCCUAAGUAUUCUGAUGCCCUCCUGGAUUAUGGGUUUUAUUUAUUGAAUGUGGAUUCUAUAACAGCUGCUGUUCAGGUUUAUCAGAUGGCACUGGGUAUUCGUCAGUCUGUUUUUGGUGGAAGAAACUUGUAUGUUGCAAUAGGACAUGAAGACUUGGCAUAUGCUUCAUAUGUUCAAGAAUACAGCUCUGGAAGAUUUAAUGAUGCCAGAGAGCAUGCGGAAAAAGCCAUAGAAAUUUUAAGUUACAUAUUGCCGGAGGAUCAUCUACUACUGUCUUCAUCCAAAAGGGUUAAAGCCUUGAUUUUAGAAGAAAUUGCCUUAGACAGUUUGUCUAAAGAGGCGAAAGAGAAAAAUCUCCAGGAAGCUCAGGAACUUCAUCUUCAGUCUCUGGCUCUGGCUCGCAAAGCAUUUGGUGAAAACAAUGUACAAACCGCAAAGCAUUAUGGGAACCUAGGACGUCUGUAUCAGUCCAUGCAAAGAUAUGAGGAGGCAGAGGAAAUGCACCUUAAGGCCAUAGAGAUUAAAGAGAGGCUUUUGGGGAAGGAUGACUAUGAAGUGGCAUUAUCUGUGGGACACCUAGCGUCCCUCUAUAACUACGACAUGGAGAAAUUUGCUGAGGCAGAGAAACUAUACUUGAGAUCAAUAGCAAUUGGUAAGAAAUUGUUUGGGGAGGGUUAUAGUGGCCUGGAGUACGAUUACCGAGGGCUGCUCAAACUUUAUCGCACCACCAAUAAUCUUGCCAUGGCUGACCAUUAUCACGACAUCCUACACCAGUGGAACACCAUCAGAGACAUUAACAAUGCUGCAGAAGUAAAACCCUUGGAAUUCUCCAUAUCCAUAGACUUUGAAGAUACAGUGAAAGAGUGUUUCUCCUGAGUUGUCAAACAACAGAUUUUUAAACAUUUCUCCACAAGGAUGUGUUCAAUGGUGUGGUAGAAAAUCAAAUCGCAGUAGAGCCAUUUCGUGAAGUGGCUGAUCUCUUCAGUUAGCAUUGAAACAUCAGUCAGGUCUGAUGAAUAUUGUGUGCAAUUUUUCUCUACUCUUAGUGUCAUCAUUGUUGUCCAGUCUUUGGCUUAAGAACUGUUAACAAUAAUAUCUUGCUAGUAUGAUCCUAUCAUAUUCUUGACAUAAGCUAUUUUUUGGGAUGAUUUUUUAUCCCUCCUAAUUUAAUGGACUAUGUUUUAGUUCAUGGUAUUUUAUAGUGAUCACAAUAUGGUGUGACCGGUCCUUAGACCUGCUUAACAGAUUGCUACCAUUUAUAGCAAAGUGAGCAGAAAUAUGGAUCCAAUUUAAAUCAAAUUGAGACUAGCAAUCAUGAUUUGCUUUGGGUGAAAGUAUAUAAAGUAACAUUACAUGUAUGAUGUAUUAACAAAGACUUAGUUUAUACGAACUUACAUUAGCAUUUUCUAAAAUAAGUUCACUAAGGAUAGGAGGUUGUUGGCAUGAUAGAUUAAGAGAUUUACAUGUAUAAAAAUGAUUGUUCAGUGGAAAAAUCAUUGAUCUUUUUUCAUAUGGUGCAUUUUUUCUGUAAAAAAUUAAAAUAUGAGCAAAGUAAAAAUCAGAUUUUUUUCUUGACUCUUUCCUUUCCGAACAGAAAAACAAUUGAUCUCUAAUGGAGAAAUACUUGUGUUUUGGUUUUGAACUUAUGAUUGUGUUGUCUAUUUUAAAUCACUGUUGGUGCAUCGACAUAGGUUAAAAAUUUUGAUGAACUACUUAUUAUAAAGAUGUGAUAGUCCCUAUCAAUUAAUAUGUUGUUUAAAAUCAUUGUCAAUGUUUAUUGGUAACGCCAAGGUAGGCAUAGCAGCACAUGGAAGAUCCCGACUAUUGACCUUUUUUUCACAUCAUGAAUCUACAAUACUGUCAAUGCCAGUACAGCUCUGUCUUGUUGAACAUACAAGUAUUAAUAUUUGUUAUUGAUGUUAAUGUCAGCUGAUGUAUCACAAUCCCUUAGCAUUGUCAGUUUUGUUGAACGAAGGGAAACAUAGUUUUUUUGAUAAUUAUUUUUUAGCAUGUUUUUGUCUCUUAAGUGAAUGCUAAGUGUUAUUGUAGCUGACAAUGGUGCAUGGACAAAAAAUACUCAGGUUUUCACAUAUUUUUCCAAAUGGUUGGAGAGUGGUCAUCAUAUAUAUGAAUUAAUCAUGCUAAACAAUUGUUGUUCCUGGCAUUUACAUGUACCGUAUUUACUGAAUUUUUGUUUAUGGAUAAUGAUGAGUGAUAAUGUUAGGCCUCUAAUUAGUUUUAUUUGAUAAUGAAUAAAAGUCAACAGGUUAAAUCACAGUGAACACAUGUAGUUUAUUCACUUGAUUUAAAUUGGUACAGUGAAAGUCUGCAUCUUAAUCAUUGGUUGCUUUGUGAUAUCUUUUAAUUUAUAUUGUUGAAUAAAUGACUUAUUCUUAAGCUGU